UUCACUUCGAUAUUUUGAAAACCCACAGGAAACGAAGAUCAUCGCCCCCAAGAAAAAUUGAAAGGGAGCACUGCUCGAACGUCACCAUCUCAUCUCAGGUAAAAAUGGAUGCAAUUGCUAUUUUGAAAUUCGUCCCAAUUCGUCAGAAAAACGCAUGGGUUUUACAGCACCCAAAAUACACAGUCAAGUGCUCGUAAUGUCAAUUUCAUUUUAUUCAAUGCUGACCAAAGGGGAUGAAGUGUAAUGUGAUCAGUUAUAACACCAAGUAGUUGUGGAAGAAAGAGAGGGGAGAGGUUCCAUCAAAACCCAGAAACCAGAAACCAAGAACCCCAUUUGACUCCCCGAGUUUCAAUUUCAAUCGAAGACAAUCGAGAUAGAGAUUUCUGUAUAUAUAGUAAGAGGGUAAGUGGAGGGGGUUCGGUUAAAAGCAAAAGGGGGAAUCUUUUGGCUUAUGGCAUGCCAGAGGAAGAAGAAGCAGAGCGUUUCAGUUUUUGAGUUUGGGAUUGAUUUGGUACUUCCCACCAGACCAAAUCGCGAUCUUUCUUUGAAGAAUUUUUCUCAUUUCUUCUUCUUAUCUUCGUGGAAAUGAUGAUCACCACGCGCUUAUGCUUCUUGCGGCGGUUGAUUCCCUUAUUGCUUGUCUUCUUCUUUACACUUGCUUCAUUAACGGUGGAAGCAUUUACUGGAACCUAUGGAAUAAACUAUGGCCGAAUCGCAAAUAACAUCCCUUCACCUGAUAAAGUUGUUACUCUUCUUAGAGCUGCUAAGAUAAAGAAUGUUAGGAUUUAUGAUGCUGAUCACAGUGUUCUCAAGGCCUUCAGUGGGACAGGGCUCGAGAUUGUCAUUAGUAUACCGAACGAGUACCUGAAAGAUAUGAGUGCAAAUGAAGAUCGUGCCUUGAACUGGGUUAAACAAAAUGUGCAGCCCUUCCUUCCGGAGACACAUAUUUGUGGAAUUGCUAUAGGUAAUGAAGUUUUGGGAGGGAGUGAUUAUGGAUUAUGGUCAGCAUUGUUGGGUGCAGCCAAAAAUGUUUAUAAUGCUGUAAAGAAGCUCAAUUUAGAUGGUAUAAUUCAGAUUACUACAGCACAUUCCCAAGCUGUCUUUUCUAAUUCGUUUCCUCCCUCAUCGUGUAAAUUCGGAGAUAAUGUUGCUCAGUAUAUGAAACCUCUAUUGGAGUUCUUCUCACAGAUUGGCUCUCCUUUCUGUUUAAAUGCAUACCCAUUUCUGGCCUACAUGAGUGACCCAGGAAAUAUUGAUAUUAAUUAUGCUCUUUUUCUAUCAACAGAAGGGAUUUAUGAUCCUAAAACUGACCUACAUUAUGAUAACAUGCUCGAUGCUCAGAUCGAUGCAGCUUAUGCUGCGCUGGAAGAUGCUGGAUAUAAAGAUAUGGAAGUCAUAGUUACAGAAACAGGAUGGGCUUCACGUGGAGAUGACAAUGAAAAAGCAGCCACAGUAAAUAAUGCACAGACUUAUAAUUAUAACUUGCGGAAACGUCUUGCCAAGAAGAAAGGAACUCCUCUUAGGCCGAAAAAUGUGUUGAAGGCAUAUAUUUUUGCAUUAUUUAAUGAGAAUUUGAAGUGGGGACCUACGUCUGAAAGAAACUAUGGACUUUUCAAGCCUGAUGGGAGCAUUUCAUAUGAUAUUGGCUUUCAAGGACUUCAAUCUUCAUCUGCAUGUUCACCAUUUUCAACCAUUAAGGAACAUGGAGCUAGAGGUUCUUAUUAUUAUGGGCACCACAUCUCAGUAGCGAUAGUAUCAGCUGUAACUCUGCUUCUAUUCUUGCAAUGACGGAUUUAAUGGAAAAUUUUGCGACGUCGCGCUUCCUAUCAUAUGCCAAAAUUUCGAAACGCUAUCAAAUGCUCCCAGUUUACCUUCAAACGUUUCGAUACAGAGCAUAGGUUAGUUCAUGGAUUCUUGUUUUCAUGAAUGUACACUAGAAGUUGCUGAUCUUUUUUAUCAGUCUCAGCAAAAUUCAUAUUGUGAAAUGUGAAUAAUUAAAGAACAAAUGCUAUGGCUUUGUUAUAGACUAUAAAAUUGUCCUUGAAAAAUUAAAAUAAAUCAAAGUUGA